GCGUUGUGAACCGCAACGUUUCAAAUCCGGAUAUCCUGGUGGAAUGCAGGAAGUUUAGCUACUCAAUUCAGUACACACAGUUAUACAACGCAGAAGUGUGGACUGACAGUACUAGUGGUGCUAGGCCGGUGUGGAAGGAGCUUGCCCUGUGAAAGAUGAUCCCGUGGAAGGCUUUGUCUGGUCUGCUGCUACUCGUCGGCUCCCUGCAGCAGCAGACCUGGGCGAUGGACUCGAAGGGCCACGUUUCGGUGGUGAUAGUCGGGGCUACGGGAGACCUGGCCAGGAAGUAUCUGUGGCAGGGCUUCUUCCAGCUCUACGGGGAGCAGGUGAGCAGCGGGCACAGCUUCAGCUUCUACGGUGCAGCCCUUUCCGAACCCGAGAAGGGCAACCUGGCCAUGUCUGAGAUCCUCAAGGGGCUGGCUUGCUCAGCCGACGUGGCCCCCGAAAGGUGUGCCUUGCUGAAAGACCAGUUCUUGAAACUGUCUCAGUAUCGGCAGCUGCAGACGGCAGAGCACUACGCCGCUCUCAGUGCCGAGAUCCGGGAGCAGCUGAAGCAGGAAGGGCUGGUGGAAGCAGGCAGGCUGUUCUAUCUGUCCGUGCCGCCCUUCAGCUACGCGGACAUCGCCGAGAAGAUCAACAGCAGCUGCCGGCCGGACCCCGAGGUCUGGCUGAGGGUCGUACUGGAGAAACCCUUCGGGCACGACUAUGAAAGCGCCCUGCAGCUCUCCAAGGAUCUCAAGAAGUUCCUGAAAGAGGAGGAGAUGUACAGGAUAGACCACUAUCUGGGAAAGCAGGCUGUUACUCAGAUUCUUCCAUUUAGGCAUGAAAACAGAAAAUUAUUGGAUCCUAUAUGGAAUAAGCAUCAUAUUGAGAGAGUGGAAAUAGUCAUGAAGGAAACUGUGGAUGCAAAAGGUCGCACUCACUUUUAUAACCAGUACGGUGUCAUUCGGGAUGUGAUUCAGAAUCACCUGACGGAGAUCCUGACACAUGUUGCCAUGGAGAUCCCAGUUAACAGGAGCAGCUCUGAAGAGAUUCUUAAAAGCAAACUGAAGCUCUUUGGGUCUUUACAGCGGCUUGCUAAAGGAAGCGCAGUGAUUGGACAGUACCAGGCUUAUAACUCAGAGGUCACCGUGGAACUGAACAAGACCACAGACUACAUCAGCAUCACUCCAACUUUCGCGGGUGUUGCUGUGUACAUUGAAAAUUCCCAGUGGGAUGGCAUCCCGUUCAUACUGACCUCAGGCAAGGCUCUGGAUGAGAGAGUUUCGUACGUUCGUGUCCUCUUCAGGAACCAGGUCUUCUGCACCCAAAACAUUGUGAGCGUCCACUGUAAGCCCAAGCAAAUCAUCUUCCACAUUGGCCAGGGAAAUUUAAAAUACCCAGCUUUUCUGGUCAGCAAAAAUCUUUUCAAACCUCAGUUGCCAAUGAGUGGGUGGAAGGAGGUCACUGAAUACACGAAUGUGAGCUUGUUUGGUCAGCCGUUAUCAGGGUACUAUGUCUAUACACCUGUGGCACAGAUGGAUCCCUAUGCGGUGUUGAUAUCCCACAUCUUCCAGGCCAAGCGGGACAGUUUCGUGAGCGCCGAGAACCUGUUGGCAUCAUGGAAUUUUUGGACGCCGUUGCUUGACGGCAUAUCGCACGAGUACCCUCGUGCUUAUCCAGGUGGAGUGGAUAACACAAACCUGCUGGACUUUGAACUUCAAGGUAACGAGGUUUCAUUUGUUCACGAAGCUGUGGUGCUGUUGUCUCCCGUCCAAGGCGGAGCGUCUUCUGAGAGCUUUCAGAUCACCCAGGGGAAGUACAGAACGAACGAGAUGGUGACAGCCUGGGCUGAAGAGCUCGUAUCAAGGCUGGCUUCGGAUCUUCAUAUGGCUGCGGAAGAAGCAGUGAAACGGAGCGGCCAGUUUCACUUGGCUCUUUCUGGAGGGUCCAGCCCCAUCGCUUUGUUUCAGAGGCUGGUGCUGCAUCAUUACACAUUCCCUUGGAAGGGGACUCAUUUGUGGAUGGUGGAUGAACGCUGUGUCUCGCUAACCGAGCGAGGCUCCAACUUUAGGAACCUGCACGACAACCUUCUGCAGCACAUCAAGGUCCCUUACUUUAACAUCCACCCCAUGCCGGUCCUUGUGAAUCAAAGGCUUUGCGUGGAGGAGGACGGCGGAGCAGAGUCUUACGAGAAGGAAAUGUCCAGGUUAAUAAACGGCACAAGCUUCGAUUGGGUUCUGUUGGGGGUCGGAGAUGAUGGUCACACGGCCUCGCUGUUCCGGGGCUGCAAGUUGGACGUGCUUGAAAACAAGCUGGUAGCCUUGACGGAAAGCCCGUUCAAGCCCCAUCAGAGGAUGAGCCUGACUUUCUCUGCCAUCAACAAAGCCAAAAACAUACGAGUCUUAGUGCUGGGGAAGGGAAAGCACGAAAUGAUAACGCAGCUAAGCAGGGUGAAAGAUGAUCCGAAGAAGUGGCCAAUAACUGGAGUGAAACCAUCCAACGGGAAGCUGGUGUGGUACAUUGAUUAUGAGGCUCUUCUGGGAUAAUUAAUGAAAGUAAUGGAUAUCAAUGCGCAGUAUCAAAGGUGGUUGUCUUAAAUCUGUGGAUCUCUUAACCUGGUUAUGCUUUCAUUUACAGGUCCCAUAUUGCAUUGUAAUCAUUGAGUCAUUUUAUGAAUAAGUCACGAAAGCCAAUUAAGCAGUAGGUAAUCAUUUCAACUCAUUGAACUCAUGUCAAGAUGUAAUUUCAUGGUAAUGUAUUACCCCUGCAUUACAUUGUUACUAAUGAGAUACCAAGUGUUGCUAAAAUAAAUACCUGCUGUAGUGGUGUAAUUAAUUAGUUAUCACGUCAUUGUUUGCUAUGUGAUCUGUACCCUGUAACUGAAAGCAUUUUUUUAUUAAAAGGUUGCUCUCUAGAAACUAUUUUUAUGAA